AUGCGGGCCGCUGGAUUCUUCAUUGGUCUUAUGAAUUUCGUCAUAGGGCUGGCAGCCCCAGCCGUUGAGAUACAUAGCAACGCUCCUCCCUCUGCAAGUGGAUGUUUCCCAUUUGCCGACCCUCACUGUGGUAUUGGUACCUAUUGUCAGUGUAGGGAUGGUCGCAUCUAUCUCUUCAACCGUGCUACUGGCAACUGUGACCCGCCUUGGGGCUAUGCUGGCGAUUCGAUCCGCUCGCUUCCUGGAUAUCGCUGCAACAAAUAA